AUGCUGUGCACCGGGACCGGUCCGGGCGCCCGGCGCUGGCUCACCUUCUUCACGGGUCUGCUGGAGUGUCUGUGUUUCGCCGGCGCUGUGUUCGGCUGGGCUUCGCUCGUUUUUGUGCUGAAGGCUGACGGCUACUUCAGCUCCCUGUGCGUCAACACCACGGAGGUCAAUUCAACAGUCCCAGACUGCAGUGGACAAGAUGAACAGUUCUCCCUGGUUUUCACCAUCGCCUCCUUCAUGAACAACUUCCUGACGUUGCCCAAUGGAUUCCUGUUUGACCGCUUUGGGACCGCAGUCGCUCGGGUCUUCGCGAUAUUCCUUUACACCGUGGGCACCUUGAUGGUGGCCUUCUCCUCUGCAGCUCUUUCCAUCCUGCUCUUCCCGGCCCUCUCCCUCCUGGCGGUCGGCGGCAUGUUGAUUCUCAUGACCAACAUGCAGGUUGGGAACCUGUUUGGCUCUCGCCGCUCCACCGUCAUCACUCUUUACAACGGGGCCUUCGACUCCUCCUCGGCGCUCUUCCUCGUGGUGAAGUUUCUGCACGAGGCGGGCGUUUCGCUCCACGCCUCCUUCCUCUUUCUCUCCGGCUGCAGCCUCAUUCAUCUGUGCAGGACCUUCUUACUGCUGCCCAGGAAACUGAUCCCCUACCCGCUGCCCGACAACUACACAUACGGGGUCACAUGUGGCAAAUCAAAGCGUUUAGAGGUGGCAGCCAUCACUAAUGCACAGAGGGCAAACGAGGAAAAGCCACUGAACAAAGACGAGCCCGUCGCACCUGCGAGGAGCUUCCGGGAGUGCUUGCUGUCCAGGUUCUUCAUGCUGCACCUGAUGUGGCUGUCCCUGAUGCAGCUGCGGCACUACCUGUUCAUCGGCACGCUCUACACCAUGCUGCACCGGCUGACGGGAGGCGAGCCCGCUCUAGUGAGCCGGUACAUCAACGCCUUCGCCGUGACGCAGCUGUGCGGCGUGCUGUGCGCCCCCUGGAACGGGCUCAUCAUGGACAGACACAAGGGCAAGCGGCGCCUCCCAGGGGAGAGCGAGCAGGAGGCCGACCUGCGGGCGUCGGUGCUGUCGCUGUCCGCCACGGCGCUGCAGUGCGUGCUGUUCUCGCUGUGCGCCUCCAGCCCCUCCCUGCCGCUGCAGUACGCCACCUUCGCCCUGCAGGUGCUCAACCGCUCCUUCCUCUACGGCGGCAACGCGGCCUUCAUCAGCGUGGCUUUCCCACCGCGCCACUUUGGGAAGCUGUACGGCCUGGUCAUGGCUCUGUCGGCGGUGUUCUCUCUGCUGCAGUAUCCCUUAUUCACGCUGGUGAACGAGGGUCUGGGCGGAGACCCCUUCUACGUGAACAUCGGGUUGACUGUCCUCAGCCUGCUCGCCUUCGUCCAUCCUCUCUCUGUGCACCUGCACUGCCGACGCCUCGCCUCCCAGCGAGCCGAGCGCCAGGAGGUCGACGCCUCGUCUUAAAUCGAUGAAACCUCUCUGUUUGCACACUCGGUGAGUGGCUCACAGUGGAGGAGGAAACCAGUCUGCCACCAGCCGACCGCACGGCUCCACUGCCAGUGCCAGCAUCCAUCUGACUUGAGUUUGGUCUCAUGAGAUCAACCAGCACCAGUGAAGUCAAAUAAUGGAGGCGAGGUCCAAAUGUAUUGUACCUAUUAAUAUGAAAUCUUUGUAUACUUUUCAAUAGAUGAAAUAAAGGAAUAAACAUUA